AUUUUUCCCAAAGUUGUUAAUUGGAAAGACACAGGGGCAGCUGGUCUUUUGUAAUUAUUUUGAACUAUUUGUUUUUCAAGUCUUUUCGAAUUUCGUACAACAGGUUGUCAUGGUGACGAAUGGAUUUGUGGUCUGCUGCCGAAUUCAAAAUCACUCAUGGUUUCCUUUCCUGUUGUGAAUUCCAAGUUGUUUAUCUACCACCAUUUUUUAAGCCAAUCAUGUGACGACGGCGUUUUUUUAUCUUAUAUAAUACAACAAAAACUCAGCCAAGCUUGAAAAUUAUAGAACACAAACAUUUCAACCCUGGCAUGACUUCCAGAUGUGUUUUCCUUGAAAUUAAGCUAGUAUUAGCGCUCUACUAAAACCGUGACUACAGAAUGGCUGGCAUACAAACACAAUCAAAUGAAAAUGAUGUUUCUCCUAGUGGAAACACAUCCAGUAUCACUAAGAAAGUCACUGAUACUGCCCCAGAUGUUGUCUUGCUUUGUGGAGGAGAAAGAAUCUCUUGUCAUCGGGCUGUCUUGGCUAAAGCAAGUUCAUAUUUUAGCGUCAUGUUCAAUGCAAGUUUUGCAGAAAAGGAUAAACAGUUCAUUACUAUCCAGGAUGUAGAUGGUUUUAUGCUACGCAUCCUCGUAGAUCUAUCCUAUGGCUACCCUUUGGAGCUUGAAAAUGAGAAAAUGAUGUUGAGUCUUCUUGAAACAGCAUCAAUGCUGCAGUUUCUCGAAGUUCAAAAAAUGUGUGUCAAAUUUCUACUGCAUACUUUGAAUGAAACAAAUGCCUUGCAGUUCUUUGCUCUUGGUGACAUGAUUGGAGUACCAGAACUGUCAAAGCAGUCUUUCUCCUACCUAUUGUAUCACUUCGACAAUAUUGUAGAAUCGAGAGAAUUAUUCAGUCAACUUCACGUGGAAUUGCUUCUGAAAAUCCUCGGACAUCCAAACCUCAACUGUGACGAUGAAAUGCAGAUACUUCAGUUAAUUGAUCGCUGGAUUACUGAUCAAACUAACAUCGUUCCCGAAGACGAGGUGUUCCAAUUAUUCGCAUGUACUCGAUUCAAAGUAGUGAAGGAGGAGGAUUUUAAAACGAUAUCCUUACUCCCUUUUGUCCAAGAAUCAAAACUGCUAUCAAAACUUGUCUCCACUGUGCUUCUAAAACUAAACACAGAUGCAACGCUCAAGCCUUGUACGUGUCAUUGCCACGGUAAAGGAACAGACUUGAAGGUUGAGGGAUGCAAAUUAUGCAGCACCGAAAGUAUUCAAAACGUUGAUAAUCAAGACAGUGAUAAAGAUGUUGAAGAAGAAAAUUCCUGUUUGUCGACCCCUGACUUUGAUAAAUUCCGAUUACGUGAAAUUUUCCGAUCUCCGUGUUGUUCCAAGAAAACUGAAACAUUAAUCGAUAGUGAUAAAAAAGAGGAAUUGAGUGAUUGCAUUCCAGCUGGUGUUUUCGAUUUAGUGGACCAACUUUUAUCUACUUCACCGAGGACUCCUCCUUUUGUUCCGUGCGUCGUGGGUCAUGUUCGACGUUCUGAAAACUCGUCAGAUGGACCAAGUCUGAAAAAAUCGAAACAAGUUGAAGGACCUUCCCUUUUCAUGUUUAACUUCAACACGAAAAGUUUCAAGAGCCUAGUUCAACUUUCCAAAGUCCAUGAAGGACCAGUUGAAGCUUCUGGUUACAAAGUUUGUACACUAGGGAAAGACGUCUACAUCUUUGGCGGAGAAUACAUGUUUGGCUACAGCAAUUGGCAAAAUUCCGUUUGGCGCUGGGAUAGUUUCAAAAAAAUUUGGAACAUUGAAACAUCAUUGCUGUCAUCGAGACGGCAUCAUUCGAUAUGCAUUCACGAAGAAUUCAUCUACCUUAUCGGUGGAUAUGGAAAACACAGAAUUAUUUUAGAUUCUGUCGAUCGUUAUGACACUUUUAAAUGUUCGUGGAAACGCUGUGCUUCCUUACCCAGCCCUCUUUAUUCAGCAGCUUGUUGUAGUCACAAAGGAAUUAUUUACGUUUUUAGCCAUCAAAUAUUUACCUAUGAUCAACAAUUGGACGAGUGGCAUACAUUGGCAAACGUCAGGUUACCUGCGGAUGCAACAUUUUCCCAGGCCAUGUCCGUCAAAGAUGGCGGGAUAUAUUUAACAAGUGUGUAUUCAAACUUUCUUUACCACUUUGACCCGGAUGCGGAAUCGCUCGAGGUCUGUGUUGUCGGCAAAUUCGAGAACAAUGUGCUCAACUGCUGCUACGUCGAGAGCCUCCAGAGUAUUUUCACAUUUUCAACAGGUGAAUGCAGUGAAUCAGCUGGAUUCCCACCGGUGCACCAGGUAGAAACUUUUGACGUGGGUAGCAAAUUAUUCACCGUACUUUGGAAACAAAUUUCUGACGCUGGUCUCAUUACCGAUUUCGGCAUUAGACACAGUUUAGGCUGUUUCUCAUUCCUCUAUUAUGAAUAAUGUAUUAUUUUCUUUGAAAAGUAUUGGGUUGGGGUGGGGGGUCGUCAACAACCUCUGCGUUUAACCCUGGAAUUUUCCAGAUUUUUUUUGUAUGUACAUUUACCAUCGUUUGCAAUGGUUUCUAGUGAUAGAUAUUAGUAGAAUAGUGUCGAAAAGAAUUUUCGUUUACUUACAGUCGUGAUUUUUUAGCUAAAAUGAAAAUAAUAUAAUUUUUUUUAAACGUUAA